AUGUCUCGCACCUGGUCCACAAAGCACAGACCCAACCAUCAGGCCCCCUCGACGCCUCGCACUCCCGCCUCCUCCCAAUCGGAGAGGUUCUACCCUCCAUCGUACUACGCAGAGGCCGCCGGUAUCCCUUACCCGCCGACUCGUCCGGAAGCAAGCGAACGACAAGGCCGGGGAUUUAGUCCUGUAGAUGCGCCCUCAGGGACUCCACAUGUCAGACGCAGCAAAAGUACGCAUCACUCCCCGUCGUCAUCGUCGUCGAAAGAGCAACGCCGGAGGAGUCGCGCUAGCCCCAUCGAUACGAUAGAAACCCAGUUACUCCCUACCCUCAAGGACACCAUCGAACGUAUGACAAGACCACCUUCACAGAUAUCUAUGGCUGCCGAAGAAGACAUGGACGAAAGACCCUUGGCCAGAGCUCAGUCGGUGGCAUCCAAAGCGUCGAGCGCAGCAUCAUCGAGUUAUCUUCAAAGGCCACAUAUCCCACCCAGACAUCCAGACCGCAAACCUACUAAACGAGAGUCGCGUGCUCAUUUCCAUCACGAGGAACAUGUUCCUAGCAACUCGCCGAUUCCCCCUCCUACCACGCCUACUUCUCUCCGUACAGGCCGACUAGCGUCAAAGAAGCUCCCUUCAACGUCGUCCGAAGAAUCAGUACCCCGGAGAAAUACAUCGUACGACCAGUCAAAGAUAGCAAGCAGCGUAACCAGGAAGUCAGGGAAGAAAUGUAGUGCAGACGAGAAGGCGGAGAAAACGCCCCAGAUGUCGCUUAUUGGAUCGCCGAGGAAGUUCGAGCGCAUGAGAUCCCAAACGGAACCAGCCACCUUUACCACUCCUAAAUCCACCAAUCCACCCUCUUUCAUCCCCGUUCGGCGGGGUGGAAACAUGGCGUCGCGUACGAGGACACGGAGGGUCGCGUUCUCAGGGGAGACGGAGUCAGACGUCGAUUCGCCGUCGGACUCUGCGGUCGCGGAGAUGCGUCAGCGGAAGUUGGUCGUCGCGAAUGCCGUUGUUGUCCCUUCAUCGAGUUCCGAGAGCGAGAAGAGUAUCAUUGGCGUGUUUCCAAAACCACCCACGUCGCCUGCGCCUGCACCUCUACCACCGCCAGCAGCCCAAGAAGAGCAAACAGAAGCGAGUGUUCAGCGGUCAGGCUCGCGAGGCAGUCGGUUCGGUCUCGGACUGGGGCUUUCUGGGUACAGCUUGAGGUUCAAAAGCAUGUUCGCCGAUGCGAUGAAGAGCGAGAGUAGUUCCACAGUGACCGCGUCUGGGAAAGGACAAGGGGCUGUUGCUGGCAACGCGUCCGGAGCUAGUCCCUUUCUAGCCGACCUAACACCCAAGCCUCCUCACCCCUUUACUCGCGACGUCCAUAGCGAAGACUCAGACAACCGUCGCAAACGAGAGCUUUUGGGCCUUUUCGAUCGUUUGGAUGCACAGCAAGACGCGUUUCCUGCGAGUCUCGGCUUCGAGACCGACCAUUCGAUUCAAGAGGGUCUGGCGUUUAGUGGCUCAGGUGACUGCUCCGCCAGCAAAUGGCCCCCUUCACGCCCCCAGGUCGACGACUCCGCUUCCGAGUACUCUUCUGACGAUCAUGGUGAUGCGGAUGAGGAAGAGAAUGGCAGUUUGCAUUUAGAGGGCGACAUGGGAAUAUCACUAACACGUCAUAUCGGUCCCUCGAGAAUACCUCGCUUGCCAUCUUCUCGCGAGGAGCUUCGAUCCGUAACUUCCCUUUCGCAGAGAACAGGGUUGCAGAACGACAUCGGCGCGCUCAACUCCCGACAUUCCCUCAUAUCCGACGUGGAAAUGGACGAAACAGUUGACGAGGUGGAACAAGAACCGCCUGCAGCAGCCGGGUCGAUGGAGCUCGAAAAACUGGCUGGAUCUUCAAGUGUCGCUGCUGCUCGGGAACGCGAAGCUUUUGGGAUCCCUCACUCCGUCUCUGAUGGCUUGCCGACUUCUGAUUCUCUUGUCAGUCACGCUGAGAGCUGGAUGUCCUCUGUCUCCAAUGAGUCUUGGCGCGACGACUACGACGAUAGCUCUGGGUAUACGGGUCGACUACUCAAGCAUCUUAGUGUCAUACAACCUGAAAUGAUGAUGAAGGUCACACACGACGACGCUCCUGACGAAGGGGAUGCUGUUCGGCCUGACGAAGAGCACGACGAAUCUGAUUCUCCUAUCUCUGCUGACGACCCCCGGGACGCCGAGCGGCUGUCUCCUCCUUACGCAUCUCCGCUAGAGGACUUUCCGACGCCGUCUAUCACGGAGCCUCCUCUGCUCCCCUCUGUAUCCUGGCUCUCAGGGAACUCACCCACUUUUGCUGCCCAACGCUUCGCUGGGCCUCACGCUGACUACGUCAAGGACGAGGACAUCUCACGAACGCUUUCUGAUUCGUCUUCAUGGGACGACUUUCGACGUGUCGUGGUCGGAGAGUGGGGCGAUGCUGAAGCUGUCCGUCAGGAGGUCAUCUGGGAGCUCACGGAAACGGAGGUGGACUUCGUCAACCGGCAACAGAACGUCAUUGACAUGUUUAUCCGGCCGCUUAGAGUCCAAGACAGCAAGAAGUGGGUCUCUGGUAUCCCGGCGGAUAUCACGAGGCUGCUGGAUUGGCUUGAGGACAUCGUCAACCUUCAUGUCGAGAUCGUAAACGCUCUUCUGGAUGCACGGAACCAGAAUCAGUCGGUCUUGCUCAUGGUCAGCCACCUACUACGGCCACACGUGACUAGGUUCGAGAUCUACCAGCCGUACUUGGCAAAGCUAGAGUACGUGGCGGCCAUGAUUGAGCAGCUACUCGCGGACGACGACAGUGACUUUGGUAUGUUUGUCAAGUUGCAAGAAAGCUCGAUCAAGAGCAGCAACUGGACGCUGGAACGAUAUCUCGUCGAGCCGGUUAACCGUCUAUCGCAGUAUCCGGACAUCUUCCGACGACUGUUGCACGCGACGCCGAAACACCAUCCCGAUUACGUGUCUAUGCUCUCUCUCUUCAUGUCCUCGAGGCUAGUUAUCCGGGUGCUCAGCGAGGUGAAAGAUAGAGAAGACGAGUACGAGCUCGUGAAGACCAUCUGCUCUCACAUCAGAAGCAUGCCAUUUCAGGUCGCAAGCAGAGAACGACGUCUACUCUACCAGGGCACACUUAACCUUUCGAAGAGCGACAUGGGAUCUCAUGGCGAUCGUAUGGUAGUCGAGCCUUCGGAUUCUAAUCUUAGCUCUAUCAGUGAUAAAGUCAAGGUUACCGGACGUACAGUUCUCCUAUCGCGAGCGGUGGAAGGUCUGCGGGGCCGCUCAUCUUCGGUGAAGUCAACCUCGUCUACAGCCACAUCUGUCAAGUCCUUCCGUUCCGCGCCAUCUUCAUUCGAGAUCCCGAGGGAGGAAUUCCGACAAAGCAUGAUGGACUCGCUACCCGCUGCGCCGCUCACGGUUCAGGUCUUGCUGUUUAGCGAUCUCCUCGUGCUCGCAUCCGCUCUGGGCACGUUGAAGCGGCAAAGCCUCGUGGUAGAAGAGAUUGACUGGCAGCUGCUCGACGAGAUUGGCAUAACGAAGAUCGUCGCUGUGAGGCAGCGCGAGGGCUCACCAAACACCGUCGAACUCGACGUCAUCCAAGUAGAAAACGACAACAACACCACUGAGUCCCUUAUCGGUUCGGCGGAGGAUCCUCCGCUUGUGACCACCGUAUCUCUCUCGGCGUCCUCUCCAAACGCAAUGAACUCCUGGCUCCCCCGCUUUCACGAGUCCUGCCAAUCCACCUUGCGCGCUCUCGCCUCUCUGACCCCAUCGAGCAGCAACGACGCGAACCGGGGCUCCAGUGCCGACAUCCGUCUGACCGAACCUUCUCCGGACCUGCUCGACCCAAAGGUGUACCACGAAUCGCUGAUCAAGUCCAUCACGGAUAUAGGCCUUCCGAUCCCGAAGAGCCCUUCGAUGCAGAUCUACGAAGAGGACUCUGGGGCGAAGGUCGGGUCACAGCAGAGGGAGAGAGAAGAGCGCGGUUGGUGGUCCGUCCGCUUUCAUCGCGUUAUGAGGGAGCUCGAAACGAAGGAAGUGCCAUCACCAGCCUAA